UUUUUCCUUUUUUUUUCUUCCUUUCUUCUUCAUUAUGGAUCCAGAAACAAAAACAAGCUUAUUUAUUACAUGCUGCACUUAUGGUAUUUGUAUGGAUGCUUGCUGUCCCAAAAAAGGGCAAAACAUGGGGGCCCAAAGUACAUAUGCUUAUCAUGACAACAGCAGGAUUUGUGCCUUUUACUAUUUCAGCAUUUAUUGCAUUUGGUAUAUCUGGUCAACUUAAACUCAAACCACAUUCUGGCAUUGGCACUGCUUUAUCUAUUGGAGUAUGGUCUCAAGUCAUGUUGGGUACUGUAAACCAUCUCUUGUUUCGUUAUCGUCGAAAGCAUCAUUGUUUGCCUCCUAAACGCCCUUGGAACAAUCAUGUUCAUAUUUGGCUUGGCCGACUAUUACUGUUUAUGGCAUUAAUUAAUAUUCCUUUAGCAAUGCCACUGUAUAUUCUUUAUGGUAUCUGGUUAUUAAAACAAGACACAGUUGAACCUGAUAAAGAAGUAGAAAAAUGGCUAUAAAUGAAACAAAGGCAUAGGGUUGUGACUAAAUUUAGAAUUAG